UUUUGAUAUAAAAUGAAAAAAACAAAAAUUACCAAAAUAGAAGACACCACAGUUAUCAUUACACACAUACAAUGAUGCACACAACCAAAGCACUCAGAGAAUAAACCCAAUAGUUUCUAAAACAAAAAAGGUCCAAAAUAUCUUAUCUUAUAAGUAUAUAAAAAUAAAAAGACAAAUCAAAAUCCUAAUAAAUAUAAAUUUUAAAAUACCAAACGCGGACAAAUAGGAAUUUUAUAUAUAAUUUUUAAUUGAAACUCUCUCAAAAACUCUAUCCCCAAAUCCCCACUUUCUAGGGUUUGUGUGGAUGCAGUCGCAAACUCUCUCUAAACCUCUCAAUUCAUCUCCUUCACAAUUGAAUCUGGGUGUAGUUUAAUUGUUUUGAAGCGAGUAUUGGUGUGAAAAAGGAAUGUGCUUUUUCACUUUUGAAUUAGGAUUAUUGGUUCAAUAAUUAAGAUGCUAUGUGGUAAUAUCUCAAAGCUGAAAGCUACAAUUUACUGUGGUAUUCAUGAAACAAUAACAAGGAAACAAAGAGUACCAAUCGGAAGAUUUAAUAAUCCUGUUUUGCCUCUUUCGUCGUUGUGUGCAACUUCUUUUUUAUCGAAUUCGACUAGUUGCUUGAAUAGUAAGAAAGUUGGUAGAAAAUUAAUGGCUUCAUCUUCUAAUGCUAUGUUGGGAGAUGUUUAUGUUGAUGAUUUGAUUUCAAGUUAUGGUGGUGUUCAAGACUUGACAACAAAACAUGCUGGUGUAUCGUUUAAAGAAAGACCUCGUAAAGGGUUUGUGCGAGCUAGUGUGAGUUUGAGAAGAACACAGCAACUUUUGUAUGGUCCUUUAAAUUUCGGGCGUUCCGGUUUUGAUUCUAGUGGGAGGAUUCAGAAUUCGGGUUUGCUUCAUGGACCGUGGUUGAAGAAUUUAUCAAGCUCUUCUUCUGCUUGCUGCUUAGCUGGGGCUGCGCAUGAUCUCUCAUUUGAUAACAGUCAUCCUGACGAACAAUUGGAAAAUUCCUCUACUUUGUCUAGCUUAACAACACUUGAUCGCAAACCAUUGAAGAUGUUAUCAGGAUCAUGUUACCUACCACAUCCAGCUAAAGCGGCUACAGGGGGAGAGGACGCUCAUUUUAUUUGCUCAGAUGAACAAGCAAUUGGUGUUGCAGAUGGUGUAGGUGGCUGGGCAGACGUUGGUGUUAAUGCAGGAUUGUUUGCCCAGGAACUUUUAUCCAAUUCAGUAAGAGCAGUUCAAGAGGAGCCCAAAGGUUCUUUUAAUCCAGUAAGGGUUUUAGAGAAGGCUCACUCAAAUACAAAGUCCAUGGGAUCAUCUACUGCUUGCAUCAUUGCUCUUACUGAUGAGGCACUAAAUGCUAUUAAUUUGGGCGACAGUGGAUUCAUUGUGAUUAGAGGUGGAAGCGUCAUUUUCAAGUCUCCUGCUCAACAACACGACUUCAACUUCCCAUAUCAAUUGGAUAGGGGUAAUACAUCCGAUCUACCCAGCUCUGGCGAGGUUUUUACAAUACCUGUUGCCUCAGGAGAUAUCAUUGUUGCUGGAACAGAUGGCUUAUUUGACAACUUGUACAACAAUGAUAUUGUUGGUGUGGUUGUAAGUUCAACUAGGGCUGGAUUAGAACCACAAGCAACUGCUCAAAAGAUAGCAGCAUUGGCUCAAGAACGAGCACUCGACAAAAAAAGGCACUCGCCGUUUUCAACUGCUGCUCUCGAGGCUGGACACCGAUAUUAUGGUGGUAAACUUGAUGAUAUAACAGUUGUUGUUUCUUACAUAUCCAGCUCAGCUAGUGAGUGAUAUUCUUGCCAAUUUUAUUUUUGCCUCAUUUUGUUUAUAUGGCUGCUGUGGAGCUAUACCUCGGUAGCAAUAAGUUUUUUUCACUUAUUUCAAACAUUAGUUUUGCCAAGACAUUCAUAAAUAGUUAAAUACGUUAUUUUUUCCUAUACAAAGAGAUUAUUUACGGAUUCCUUGUUUGCACUAUACAGCAACCCUCUAAAGAAAGAAAAUAAAUAUUCAGUUUCAUUUUGUCACAUGUGAUGUCUGGUAUCUCCUCUCACGUAACCUGAAACUUAUGAAGCGUCGACACGUGUCGUACACGGAUACUCAUACGGCACGCGUACGUGUUGCCGUGUCAGACACGUGUCGGACACGGAUAUUCAUACGACACGUAACUGAUACGUUUUUGAAGUGUCCAACGAAAAAAAUAAUAAUAAUUACAACGAACACGAAUACGACACCUUGUUUCAAAUAAAAGGCACUCCUAACUCAAAAAAAUUAAGAUUAAAAAAAAAACCCAACUCAUCAAGAGGAAACUAAUAUGUGACGAUAGUCGAUUUCUUGAAAUUGCUAACUUGUCUUUGGAUGAGUCCAACUUAGAGGCCUUUGGCUGAGUCCGACUUAGAGACUGGUUUUUUCGAUAUGAAAUGACUAUGAUAUGAUCUGUAUCAUUUUAUUUUGGUGGAUUUAUGUCUUUUUUUGUUGAUUGAAAAUAGUAAGUUUAAAUAAAUAUAAGUUUUGUCUCUCGUUUUAAACUCUUCGUAAAUUGUGCUCAUAUAUUGCAUGAUUAUAUUAAUAUAUAAAAUAUAUAUAAUCGUAUCCGUGUCCUAUGUUUUUUACAUUAAUAGGGUUAUCCAUGUCCUAUGUUUUUUACAUUAAUAGGGUCCUAUGUUUUUUUACAUUAAUAGGGUCCUAUGUUUUUCACAUUAAUAGGGUUAUCCGUGUCCUAUGUUUUUUACAUUAAUAGGGUCGCUCGUGUCCGGCCUUCAUAGCCGGAAACUAAAUUUGAUAACACGAGGAAGCAACUUAAAUAGAAGUUACCUAUACUUUAGAUAUUAUUAGAAUUACCUUCUGUCAAAAUGAAUAAAAAAUUAAAAUUUAUAACUACUACCCUCUUAAGUUUAUUCUUUCAAGUGAAUUACCAUAAUCACAUGGAGUGCAGUAUUUCUAUUAUUUAUGUAGCACAUUGUAACAAAAACAUAUUUAUACUGCCCAAUAAACAUAGACCUUCAACUUUAUAACUGGCUCACAUAAAACAGAGAUUGCAGAGCAUAACAAAAGAUUAAAAUGUUAAACACUGAAGAUUUUUAUUUAUUGUAAUACACAUGACUACAUGAGUACUUAACAGUAGCUCUUAUUCUAAUUAAUACAUACACAUAAGUGCCAAACAAAGUUCAUGAAACAUACAACCAGAAAACAUAACAGAGAAACAUAUGCAUAAACAAGUUAUUAUUUUAAUACACAUCAUAUAAGUAGUGAAAGUUGAGACACAAUUCACACACUCUUACUAAUCUUCAGAAUUCUUCUUCCUUCAAAGCUACUCCCACUCUUUUGCUCUCUUUUCUUCUCCCUUUCUUCUUGCUGCCUUCUGGCUGCUUCUUCUUCAUCUCCCCAUUCCCAUUCUGUUGUCUCUUUUUUUCUCCUCACUUCCUUUCUCCUAGUUUCCUUCUCUUCUCUUUCCCUUUCCCUCUUCUCUUGUUCUCUUCUAGCUUCUUCCUCCUCUCUCUCCUCCUCUUCUCUCUUCCUUUCCUUUUCCCUUUCUAUUUCCAUUUCUUCCUCCUCUUUCCUUUCCCUCUUCUCCUGUUCUCUUUUAGCCGCUUCUCUCUUUUCUUUCUGUUCUCUAGCUUUUUCUCUAGCUUCUGCUUCUGCUUCCUUUUCUCUUUCCCUCUCUUCCUUCUUUUGUUUUCUAGCUGCUUCUUGCUCCCUCUCUGCUUCUUCCCUUUCUCUCAUGGCUUCCUCUUCUCUCUUCUUCUCCUUCUCCUUUUGUCUCCUAGCUGCUUCUUGUUCCCUCUCUGCCUCUUCCCUUUCUCUAGCAGCUUCCUCUUCUCUCUUCUUCUCCUUCUCCUUUUGUCUCCUAGCUGCUUCUUGUUCCCUCUCUGCCUCUUCCCUUUCUCUAGCAGCUUCCUCUUCUCUCUUCUUCUCCUCCUUCUUUUGUUUUCUUGCUGCUUCUUUUUCCCUCUCUGCCUCUUCCCUUUCUCUCGCGGCUUCCUCUUCUCUCCUCUUCUCCUCCUGCUCUUGUUUCCUUGCUGCUUCUUGCUCCCUCUCUGCCUCUUCCCUCUCUCUCUCAGCUUCCUCUUCUCUCUUCCUUUCCUCCUGCUCUUGUUUUCUAGCCUUUUCUUUCUCUCUUCUAACUUCUUCUUUCUCCCUCCUUGCCUCUUCCUCCCUCUUUGCUUCCUUCUCUUCUUUCCUCCUUUCCCUCUCUUCUUGCUCCCUCCUUGCCUCUUCCUCCCUCUUUGCUUCCUUCUCUUCUUUCCUCCUUUCCCUCUCUUCUUGUUGUCUUCUAGCUUCUUCUUCCUCAAUUUUCCUUUCUUCCUCCUCUCUCCUUUCUUCUUCCUCCUUUUCUCUUCUUCUUUCCCUCUCCUCUUUUUCUCUCCUCUUUUCCUCUUCCCUCCUCUUCUCUUCCUCCUCUCUUUCCUUCUCCUUUUCUACCUCCAUUAACCUCUCCUCUUCCUCUGCGCAAGAACUACACCCGAAAAUGAUCGAAUCAACCGGAUCAUCCAAAAGCUUGUCAAUGGCUGCUUUGCUUACACCUAAAGAUGUAGCAACUAUCCGUUUGUCUAGACUUUCAAGCACGGAUCCUUUACCAGCCAAAAACUGAGGAUGAUUUCUCUUUGCAGCAGUGCUGAAUCCCAUAAAAACAAGUGGCCCUUUAUCAAAUGACAUUUGAGCCAUUACAUGAAACCUAGGCACAACAAAAACAUCUCCUUGCUUAACUCUAAACCUCUUGUUCUCACAUUCAUGAUCAUUGUUGCUUCCACAUACUACUCUUACCAUACCUUCCCCUUCCAACACCAUUGCUAUUUCUGUUGCCAAUGGAUUCCAAUGUGGCCCCAACAUUGAUCCCUUUCACAAAACAAAUUUAUCAAUAAAACUUCAUAAACAUGAACUAAAAACAUUCAAGUUAUAUUUUAACUAAUAAUGAAGUUAUAAUAACUUGUAAUAUAAUCACUGACCGGGUUCAAAUGCACCAUGAAAAAUCCAAUGUUGUGAUGCUUUAAUUCUUUGACUUGCUUUUUGGUCACUGUUGAGGUCCAACCAUGAUCAUCUCUGAAGUCAGGAUCAUUAUCUAAGAUGUUGUAUGUUUUGAGCUCCUUGGAGUUGGAUUGGAUGCCUCUUAAGUAUUUUACAAAUAAAUUAUCCAAUUCCAAGACAUUGUUAUGCUUCUUCACUGGAACUGCAUGCACUAUUGCUAGUGACUCUCUGUUGUCUGUGAUUGCCUCAGCCAAAUCUUCCGGCACCUUAAAAAAAAAUUGAUUGAUUUUAAUUUUUUUUCUUAAACUAUCUUGAUUGAAAAAUGACUAUGUUUGAAUUUUAUGCUUUUGCCUAUACCUUAAAAGCUGCUUGGAUGAUAUUCUUAUCAAAGCCUUUGACUAGUUCAUUGAUCCUUGAGUAAGCACCAAUAGAUGGAUCCUGCAUUUUUUUUUUUAUCAACAUAAAAAAUUGCAACCAAACAAGGCUUAGAAGCUUUAAUUUUUAAAAAAAAGAAUACACUUACAAAAGUGCUUUCAUCAGUAUUAGUAAACAUUGCAUAUAUCCUCAGUUUCUUCCUAUGUGAUUCCAAGUUGCUGUGUAUAUAGAAAACAGAUCCUUCUCCAAGACUACCUACAUCUCCUUCACGUAUAUCCAUUGUACCAGUACCAUCUUCAUUUGACCAUGUCAGCUUUCCAUUCCCUGAAAAAACGU